UCAUCAUCUCCACUGCCGCCUCAGAUUCUUCUCUGGAUAGUUCCCCACCACUCCCUCACAAUCUCCUCCGUUCCCCAUUCUCUCCACCAUAGCCAGCGCUCCCUGGUCAGGCCGCCCCCUCCCCUUCGUCACCAUCGCCGGCGCUCCCUGGUCAGGCUGUCCUCCCCUUCGUCACCAGCGCGGCCGCUCUCUCACACCCCGUAGGUCAAAGGUUGAAUUUUUAUCCGCUGCUGAUGGUGCUGCUGGGCGAGGAGGCGCUGGAUGCGCGUGCGCCGGCGCUGGAUCUGCUCCGUCUGGCUCCGGCGACCUUACCCCGUGGCUCCGGGACAGGAAGGCUACCCCGACGACAUACAGCGAGGAGGAUGAAGACACCUAGCCAUGGAUUUUUAGCAGCACUCACUCAAGGAAAAAGAGACCUCAACACGCCAAUGGAUGCAGCCAGCCUCCAACUCACCACGCACCUGCACCAACUUGAUGUAGGGAGAGGAGGAGUGAGGCUUCUCUCACGGGAUGACGCCCAGCCAUGGGGCAGCAACAAUCCAAGAUUGCUGUCAAAAUAAGCCUAAAUUCAGAGUCUUCGGAAGUCAAUUACUUUGAGCCUUUGAGUUAGGAGGUAUACCAGUCUCUUUGUAGUUUGCUCUUAAUAAACUCUUCCCUUGGCCAUGAUGAGAUGUUUAAGUCUUUCCACUUAUCAGUUUUUAGUUCCACUUGAAGCGAUGCAUAUUCGAAUACAUUUUCUAGUCCUUUGAGCUGUUGAAUGAAUAAAUGAAAAAGUAUUAGCAUCACAACCGAACAAUAACAGAAAUCGUGUUAUCAAAAGAUGGUGUAGUGGGACUAAUGACUAACCAUAGCGGUGAGGUCUUUGCGGCUCAUUCCUGGGCCUAGCGAGUCGAGCACCUGGAUGCAUCGCUGCCCGGCAUUUAUAACUGCUAGGUACCAAUGGAAGUGUUCAAUGUUAACUGGAAUGUAUAUCUGAAAAUAGGGUUUUUGUUAGUUUAGGUCCCAUCUAUACAAACAUUUAUAUGGAACUGAGACUCACCAUAUCAUGUUCCAAAUAAGUUAUAGCCAAUUCAAUUGGGGCAUAGAUAAUGAAAUUUGAUCAUCAUUACCUUGUGAUACAGCUAGCUGUGCCGGUGUUCCGUUAUGUAGGCCAUCUAUUUCCUCACUGGUAUUUUUUUUUCUUUUGUAGGCUUCACGCCUUCUCUUAUUAAUCUCAUCUUUAUUUUUUGCAUACCGCUCUCUAUCCCUCUGCCUUUUUAGUUCCUUUGGGUCUGCAAAUCAUGAAACAGUUCAGCAGUUGUAAUAGGUUUUUUGCGCGUGGCGCUAUAGCGCGGCUGUUGGAGAUGCUCUAGAAAACACUUUUUAGAUAUGUAGAUUUGUACAUCUCCUGUUUUACAUCUUCAAGUUUGCAUCUUCUAUUGGAGAUGCUCUAAUGUUGGCAUCCACUCCACGGGAGAGAAAAAAGGGUGCCCUUCCCCGAAACAAGGGAUAGCCAAUCAGAAAUAAAUCUCAUGAGGUUAAUUAUACCACCAGGGUGUUCAAAAAUCAGUUGUGGAAAACACACACAAAGAUGUUCUGCAAUCAGAACUGCAAACGUCGAUCUAGCUCAGUCUGGCAAAUAAUUCAACAUUGCCAAUGUUAAUGUAUGAAGAUUACCACAAUACAAGGACACUUGGGAAAUGAGAUCAAACAAGUUUUAAGGGCUGCAUCUGAGGUCUGAAGCAAUCCACCAAAGGCAGUAGAAAUUAAGUUACAAAACCAAUAUAUGUCCCAUCCCAGGUUUGUAUGAAAAGCUCUGAACAAAGCUAAUUUGCUACGAAAAAGUCACAUCAUGAGAAAAUUCCGUAGUGUGCACUGUGACAUUGGUUGCAGCAAGUUCAGCUAAAGUACAUGUGGAUAAACAAGAACCUGAUUCCAUGCCAGCACUGACUCAUUUUAUUGCAAGAAUUUUCUUCCUUUUGAAAGGCAUGAUGCCGAUUCCCCUCCUUUUUCAAAAAUAAGAAUCCAAGUGACGGGUACAGUAAGAAUCCUUAAGCUACAAUUGCAAAUGCAUGGUAGAGUUACUUCUCAAAUGCUCAGUGGUAACUUGUUUCACCUCUAUUGAUCUGAAAAUAGGAGCGCUUACCAUGACAUAGAGAGAGAAUGGUUGCCGCC